GGUCCCACCCACCGGUGGGCCACAUUGAAAUGGGUCUCGUGUUGUUGCCAAACAUCUCUUUCGUCAGCAGCAUCACACAUCACUUUGCUCUUUUGAAACUCUAUAUUAUAAUUAAAAAGUAGACUUUGUGUGUUUAAAACCAUGGAUCCACUCUAUGUGUUGUUGCCAUUUCUAAUCUACUCCCAACAUCAAACAACAAGUGCACUGACAACAUGCGACAACAAGUUCUCCUGUGGGAAUGGGAGAUGCAUCACAGCCAGAUGGGCGUGUGACGGCACGGAUGACUGCGGAGACGGCACGGACGAGCUUCCUGAAACUUGCUUGGCCAAAACAUGUCGAGCAACAGAUUUCAGUUGCGCCGAUCGCUUUUACCGGUGUGUACCAAACACUUGGCGCUGUGAUGGGAACCCGGACUGUGAGAAUGGAGCUGAUGAAGAGCACUGUGCGCCCAAAAACUGCACAAGCACAGAAUUCCGCUGCACAAACGGCCAGUGUGUGUCCACCUCCUUUGUGUGCGACGAGGAAGCAGACUGCGACGAUGGCAGCGACGAGGCCUCCUGUCCACCGGUUACGUGCAGCAGUGCUUCUUUUCAGUGCAAUAACAGCGUUUGCAUUCCACGUUUGUGGGCCUGCGACGGCGAUACGGACUGUGCGGACGGCUCGGACGAGUGGCAGCAGAACUGCGAUACCCCGGGACAUGCCUCUUUGCCAAUUCACCGCUGCUCUUCCCUGGAAUUUCGCUGCGGGAGUGGGGAGUGCAUUCACGGAAACUGGAGGUGUGAUGGAGGAGCUGAUUGCCUCGAUCGAUCCGAUGAAGCUGACUGUGUCCGUCCCACCUGCCGCCCUGAUGAAUUCCAAUGUGAUGAUGGCGCUUGCAUUCACGGACGCCACCAAUGCGACCAUCGCUAUGACUGCAGGGACAUGAGUGAUGAAAGAGGCUGUGUCAAUGCAACUGAAUGUGACGGCACGACCAAUUUCAAAUGUCACAGCGGCGAGUGUAUCAGCAUGGAUAAGGUCUGCAACAAGGAACGUGAUUGCAGGGAUUGGUCAGAUGAGCCUCUGAGGGAAUGCGGCUUCAACGAAUGUCUCUUCAACAACGGCGGCUGCUCUCAUAUCUGCAAGAACCUUAAAAUUGGUUUUGAGUGUCUUUGUCCCACUGGAUAUCGACUGGCCAGUACAAAUCACUGUGAAGAUAUUGAUGAGUGCGCCAAUCCAGACACCUGCAGUCAGAUCUGCGUUAACCAGAUGGGCAGUUACAAAUGCGAGUGUGAAGAAGGUUACCAAGUUGACCCCUCAACCAAAGCCUGCAAAGCCAUUGGAACAAUCGCUUACCUUAUCUUCACCAAUCGCCAUGAAGUCAGAAAGAUGACCUUGGACAAAAGUGAAUACACGCAGGUCAUUCCUCGUCUAAAAAACGCUGUGGCUCUGGACAUGAACAUGGCCACCAAAGAAAUCUUCUGGUCAGAUAUCUCCCAAAAGAAGAUCUACAGAACACAAAUGGAUUCAGCAGAUGACUCUACUCACCACACUGAAAUGGUGUCUAAUGACAUCGAUGCUCCUGAGGGUAUUGCCUUUGACUGGAUCCAUCGCAACCUCUAUUGGACCGAUAGCAUUCGUAGCACCAUUUCUGUGGUAACCGCUGACGGUGAUCGUCGGAAAACUCUCUUUUCCCGAGGCGUAUCUAAACCCCGAGCGAUUGUGGUUGACCCUUACAGCAACUUUGUUUACUGGACUGACUGGGGGAAUCCUGCUAAAAUUGAAAAGGGAGGUCUGAAUGGAGGUGACCGCAUCGCUCUGGUUACUGACAACAUCGUGUGGCCCAAUGGAAUCACACUCGACCUGUUGAACCAGCGGCUCUACUGGGUGGACUCAAAGUUGCACACCCUCUCCAGUAUCGAUGCACAAGGUGGUGGGAGGCACACCAUUAUUAUUGAUGAACAUAAGCUCAGCCACCCAUUGGGAAUCACUGUGUUUGAGGAAAAGGUGUUCUGGACAGAUGUCAGUAACAAUGCUAUCUUCAGUGCUAAUAGAUUGACUGGCAGAGACAUCAUUCCAGUGGCAGAGCAUUUAUCAUCACCAGAUGAUAUCAUUCUGUACCAUAAUCUUAAACAGCCUGCUGGGAGAGACUGGUGUCAGGUGUCUAAUAAUGACUGUGAAUUCAUGUGCCUGGGAGCUCCACAAGUUGGAAGACGUCCUCCUAAAUAUACCUGUGUCUGUCCUGAUAACAUGAUGCUAGCAAGUGAUAUGAGAAGUUGCGUCCCAGUGGUGUCAACACCCGCAGCUCCCAUGCAUCCUCAAAUUCCAACCACCAACCAACCUGCUCUGCUCACAGUCCCACCCAAGUCUCACACCACCAUUGCUCCCAUCACAAGCACAAAACUUGUGGUCAAACCAAUGACAAGCACCUCCAGGCCUUUGCUCAGAACCAGCACACCCGAAAUUAGGAGAACUUCACCACAGCCAACGAAACCCAAAGCCGCCCAGACCACCACACAAACCCCGGUCACGUUUCAAGACCUUCACCAUGACUCUUCUGCAGUGCUACCUACGACAUCCUCCAGCACUCCAAUUACUUUAUACAUUGUCCUACCUUUGGUGAUCAUUUGUAUGCUGGCUGUGGCUGGUGUGCUGCUGUGGAAGAACUACAAGAUAAAAAACACCAACACGAUCCACUUUGACAACCCGGUCUACCAAAAAACCACCGAGGACCAAGUGCAUAUUUGGAGGAACGACAGCUCUGAUGGGUAUUCCUACCCAAGAAAACAAGUUGUAAGCCUGAAUGAAGAGGCGGACAACCCAACAUUCAAUGAAAACUAGCUUGACCUCAUGUGGCUUACGAGAUGGAAUUCCAAGAGGCUUUAUCAUUCCACUCUCUCGGCACAGAGCAACAAAACCUCUAAGAAAUUCAGGUUUCAUUCCUUUUGGUCAUUCUUGCAAGUUGGAGUUUUUCAUGAAAAGAAAAGGGAAUUUUUAUUUCGACUGUGAAAGUAAAACCGAAGACUUUUAUUUUAGCAUAGCCGUAUUAGCCUAGAAGUUAUUUUAUUUUUUGGAAUAGUUAUUU